UUAUUAUUUGAAUUGAAUUGGACCACAUAUUGGAUUAUGGUCUGUACAUUUUAUCAUCAUACGUUAUUAACACAAUUAUUCAGAAAAGGUGGCAAAAUUCUAUUUUGACUUAUGAAUUUCCUCUUUAAUUUUACUCCCCUGAGCACCUCAUAACCUAGCAAAUAGUAUUCAAAUCAUUUUUAAAAAUCACUUUUUCCCUCUGUUUUCUGCUAGGACUUUUACAAUUUCAAGUCUUAAGUUUAAUCCAUUUUGAGUUGAUUUUUCUUCAUGGUGUAAGAUAAGGGCACAUUUUCAUUCUUCUGCAUAUGGAUAUCUAAUUUUCCUAACAACACUUAUUGAGGAGAUUAUCCUUUCCUCAUUUGGCACCCUUGUAGAAGAUUAGUUGACUGUGUAUGCAUGGAUUUAUUUGUAUUUUGUUCCAUUGAUUGAUGGGUCUGUUUGAUGCCAGUAAUAUACUGUUUUGAUUACUAUUGCCUUGCAACAUAAUUUGAAAUCAGGUAAACAAAUGAAAUGAAAAACAAAUGGGCUUUGUUUUCUUGCUCAAGAAUGCUUUGGCUUUUUGGACUCUCUUGUGUUUCUAUAUGAAUGUUAGGAUUGUUUUAUCUAUUGAACUUGGCAAUGAUAUUUUUGGAUAUGACACCAAAAUCACAGGCAACAAAAAUAAAAAUAAACAUAUGAUAUUACAUCAAACUAAAAAGCUUUUGCACAGCAAAGGAAAUAAUCAACAAACCAAUAGAAUGGGAGAAAAUAUUUGUAGGCCAUAUAUCUUAUAAUGAAUUAAUGCAAUGAAUAUAUAAGAAACUCAAGCAACUUAAUAGCAAAAUAAUAAUAAUAAUAACCCAAUUAAAACAGAGGCAACUAACUGAAUCAGUAUUUCUCCAAAGAAGACAUACAAGUGGAUAUAUGAAAAGAUCAUUAACUGUCCAGGAUAUGUGAAUCAAAACUACAAUAAGAUAUCAACUCACACCUACUAGGGAGGUUGGUAUUUAAAAUAUGAAAGACUAAUGUUGACAGGAUGAGGAGAAAAAUCAGUUCCUGUACACUAUUGGUAGGAAGGUAUACUGGUACAGCUUUUAUGAAAAUCAGUAUGGAGGGUCCUCAAAAAUUAAAAAUAGAACUUUCAUAUGAUCCAGCAAUUCCACUCCUGGAUGUAUAUUCAAUACAUUCAUUUAAAUUCUCUGGGCCUCUUGUACUCAUCUUUGAAACUGAGCUGUUCACAGAAUUAAAGGAUAUGGAGUUUAGCUUUGACUCAGUGAAAAUAUAAAAUUCAGUGUAAAUCAGCAAUGUAGCUAACAAUGCUAUCAAAGUUGAAUGUUUUAUACCCUAUAUUAUUUGGUUUUUCUAACAACUAAAAAUUCAAAUGAUAUUCAUCAAUUUGGCUAAAUGUAUCUUGUUAUGUGUUGGUAUCCAUGUGGGAUAUUAUAAUUAAUCUAUAGUUUGGUGUCCAGAGAUCUAGUUUUGACACUGGUUUUGCCAGCCACCAAUUGAGUGAUCUGGGACAUGCCAUUAAAAUUGCUUGAUCUGCUUUUUCAUAUUAGAAAAAUAGGGAGGAGGUUGGAGUAUAGUUUAUCCAUAAUCUACCUCAUAGGGUUAGAGUCAAAAUAAGUUAACAGGUAUGAAAGUGCUUUGUAAAAAGUAAUUCUCUGAGUAAGUAUCAGAUUAUGGAAGAAGGUCAUGAGGUGGAAAAAUACUUGAUGAUCAUAAUACAAAAAUAAAACAUUUAAUUUAGAAAUAUAAACUAAUCUACAAAUUUUUAUUAAGAAACUUACCUUACUUUCUUCUACUUUGUAUGAUGUGCAUUGUGCUAUCAUAACAAUGUAAUUGUUUAGAAGGUUGCAAGAAACAGAAGGCUCAAAAAAUACAUUAAACAGAUUUGGAAGGGGGUGGAUAUAAAGUUAGAAUUUCUGAGUCAUGAAAACAUCAGAUAGCAAUUUCAGAAAGGUGUAACUUUAUUUAAAACCAAGCUGCUGUGAAUUCUAUCAUGCUGCAGACACCUCUGAAUCAACCAUCUCUGUCGGCAAAUUAUUAUGCUGACAAAUUCUCACAUAAACUGAAAAUUUCCACUUUGUAAACAAGUGGGUUCCUGAUGGUUUGGAUGAUAUCCUGAGCUGGAACUUUGGAAAAUGAACUCCCUGUUUGAAUGACCCUGUGUAAUCCAUUUCUCACUUUAGCAAAGAGAUUCAAAUAUUUAUCACCCUUAUCAGGGAGCCACUGUGAACAAUUAAUGUAACAUUAAGUUUAAUGUACUCUUCUACAAGUUUCAGACACACAAAAACACAUGGUUGGCUUCAACAGCUAGAUAUUAUGAAACAGAACAGUAUGUGUUUUAUUGGUCAUCUUUAUAACACUAGGAGUUCUAUUUCCACUUUUAUUCACAAUAGGAUAGAUGCUGAACACUGGCUCAGAAGCAUCCAGGCCAGAAUAUUUGUUGUACAAGCAGGUAAAUACUUGGAUCUUUCUUCUGCUGAGUCAGAGUCAGUCACAGGGACUCUGAUUAUGUCCUUUACAAUCACCACCCCCAUCAUCUAAGUAAGAUGAACUGAACAGGUGAUACAGCCAUGCAGCUGGGUGAAAAGCCACCAGGCUUCAUGGGGAAGGGAAGGAGAUGAGGUACUUUGGCAUACCAUUGACUUUGGAACAAGCAACCUGUACAUACAUCACAAGAGGUAUACAAGGGAUAUCAAGUGGAGAGAUAAGAGAGGUAUUUGGCCCAGACCUCAGAUCCUGUGGGAUUAAAUGAGAUACCCAUUAAAAGUCUUAUACAGAGUCUUAGCAUCUAGCUUACAGAUGUUUAGCAUAUCACUAUUAUUGUAGUUCUUUUUCUCCUGUUCUAUAAAAUUACUUUGGAGGGGGGGCAUCAUCUAUAUACUGACAGGAGUUGAAUUCCUUGACCACAAGGAAUCCUUCUAGCAUUAUGAGUAGAAUAAAUGCAGCAGUAAUUUUACCUUUGAGCAGCCCUUUUUUAUCAAGGGCUGGCAUCACUAUUUUAUAAAGACAGGAACCUCUUUGUGGUGCUCUGGUCUGCUAAUUGGGGUAAGUGAGGGGAUAGAGAGGGGAAUCCCUCUUCCUGAUCACAAGUUUGGCCCCGAGUCCACAUUUAUUUUCCAGUUUCUAUUUCCAGGUGCUCUUCCACAUGCUCCAGCCAGCUUCAGGGAUGAUAUGAGUCUACCUGUGGUCUUAUGAGGAAAAAACAGGACCUAAAGACAACAAGGAAUUUGGAAGUCUUUGUCAUCAGAUCAACAGCUCUAAGAUCAACAGAUCAACAGAUAAAAGCUGGAAGUGUCUAGUCUUGUGAGAUCUUGUGGCAGACCUUCUUUCCUAUUUUGGUCUAUAAUAACCAGUCUUCCACACCUGUGAACACAGGCCUGAACAUCUAUUGUUCAGGCUACUAAAGAUGUCAGCCAGGACCAGACCUGGGCAAAAUUAGAAAACAGAGGUGGUGUACUGCAAAGACUACUGAGACAGGGUCCCAAAGCCUGGAUUCCAGCCUGGGCAUUAACUAGUUACAUGACCUUGGACAAGUCAUUUCUCCUUUUUGAGACUUGGGUUUCUUUUGUGUAUGUAAAAUGGGAGUAAUAAUAACAUGUUUGUAAAGUGUUUUAAACAGAUAAAGCAAUCUCAACACUGUAAGUCAGGACCUGCUUUCCACAUCGAUGCCCACCCAUUCCCUUGCCUUUCCAGUUUCUCUCCUUCCCCACUCUCCACUUCCAUAGCCUACAGUUAGUUCCACAGGGUGGGAAAUAUAUCUAGUUAAUUCAUAACAAAGUGUUAGCACCAUGAGUGACCCUUCCCUUAUGCCAUCUGCAUGCUAAUGAAUGAAUCUCUUGUUUUAGGCUGCCCGAUGUUAGCAAGAGACAGGAUGGAAGAAGUAAAUGGGUGUGCCUGUCUGUGUAUGUAGCAGGGAGGUCAUGUAUCCUCAUGUAGAAACCUCCCGAAUAACCCAAGACAGCAGCCUGCUCUACCUAAUGCAAAGCUGGCUGUACUGAGCUGGGAGCUUUCUGAAGCUUGGCCCCAUAGAUACUGUUAAAUUCUCCCUCCUCUGCAUCCUCGGUCUGCAGUGACACUGGCAGAUGCUAAACUUCGGCCUGUCUAGAACAGUUAAUUAGGUUACAGAGGCUGCCAAAACUCUCAAAGUCAUCCUAUGAAAAUGAAAUACUCUGAGAUCUGAAACAAAGGUCAGAAGACACAAACACUAAUUUGAUUUUCAAGAGAGAAACCACAAAAUGGGGGAGGGGGGCGGUGAGAAAGAAAGGGAGGCAGGUAGGUCCUCGACAAUCUGGCAACUCUGCACCAUAAAACAACAUGGAGACGUGGCAUGAAGUGGUCCUGGCUCCAGCAACAAAUACCGUAUAUUCAUAAAGAAUGAUACUGUAAUAGACAUACUAUAUUCAUAACCUCUUCCAGAGAGCCCAGUCCAAACCUCCUGGGACAUCAGGAGAGCUUUCAGACAGUUUGCCUUCCUGCUGGAGAAUGUCCCCACCUGGGAGUAAUGAGGCUGGAGAGAGGAAGGAGAUAAAUUGCUAAAUGGAAAUCAGUUGAAUGAAUACGUGGGCAUGUUCAUCAAAUUAUCACAAAGUAAGAACUGCUGUCUGCCCUCAGGUUCUCAGUACUGAAUAGGCAGCCUUAAAAACCUAGAGACCCAAUUCUUCAAAAUGGUUACCCCAAAAGUGUGUGUUGGUGCUGCGGUGGGGGUAACAAAAGGCAGCGGUGCGUAGGACUUCACUGCCACCACCAGGGGCCAGAAGUGCAUGUCAGGAGCUGCCUACAGCAGAAGCCCCAGGCCAAAGGCUAAAACUGGCAGCUGAGGCUGUCUUCACCCCGUGCCCACCCGCCCCCUCCACAAUCUCAAAGAUUUGGAAAAGCUGUUCUUCCUCUCUAAAACACAGUUGUUCCUGCCUUAAAGCUCAACAUCAGGGGUUUGGAGACCAAACUCCAAUUAAGGUUCCAAAACACCCUCCUCCCUUACCCCACCUCACAAUCCCGCUUUCUGCGUGCCCUGGGAUUUGCAGUAUUUUGAAGGUGCAGUGGAGUGUGGCCCAGAGAUGGCAAUUUUAGGUUCAGUCCCUUUGCAUCCCAUGUCAUCCCUUGCACUGUCCACCUCACGCCCCGACCCCUGGUUUACAGCCCCGCAACCGCUCUGGCCGUGUUAGAUCCGCUUCAGGUAAAGCCAACUCACGCUCUGCACGGACUUGGAAAAGCUGCCCUAUGCCAACUCUGAUCUCUCGCACCUUGCGCCAAUCUGCGGCCACCUGCACUUUGCGGGACGUUGCGCUGGGAGGCGCUCCCCGGAGUCCGCACUAGCCUGCGGUGCCCAGGCGCGCGCCAUGCCGCGCGGGACUCCCGGCAUCCAGCCUCCCUUCCAGCGGGUCCCGGAGCCUCGGCUCUGGCGGAAUGGCCCGGGAAUGCUCCGGGGCGGGGGCAGGAAGGACCCCCCCGGAGCCUUAGAGACCUCGGGAGGACUCCCCGCGGAGAUCAGCUCCAGGAAGGGUUCCGUGACCACGCGGCGAGGAGCACGUGAGCAGCGCUGCUUUGCUAUAAGAACCCCCGCUCUGCUGCGCGAGGGGAGCGAGCGGAGCGGCAGGACGCGGCCACCUGCGCCAAUAAAAAGGGCGACGGUGAUACUCCCUCCAGGACACCCUAGACGGUCCCAAGUUUUGGUGCUUAGGACCCUGGAGGUCCGGGCUCCGCGGUGCGUCUAACUUUGAGGCGAAAUUCCCAGCACUUAGGCAAAAACGCGCAGACACCAGCACGCGUGCCUUUUUGAAGCUGCCAGAGCUUGUUUGACCUUUAGUAGAGUUAGAGGAGGAGUAGCAGAAACCCUGAGCUAAUUUCUCGUCCUCCACUGAGCAGGCAGCUAGGAGCGCCCGGGCUCGCCUUCAGAGAAGCUCGGGAGAUCCCUAGCGGCCCGAGACCCCCGGCGCCCCAGCCGCCCUUUAAUUAAGUCGCGGGAUGUUCCUGCGCCCCGCUGGAGGCAGCUGGCGGUAAACUCCAGACGCCUUUUGUAGAUAAAGUUUGGUCCGCUCUACUUGCCGGCUCCAUCCCGGCCGCGUUGUCCGCCCCCUCCUCCUGCAACGGGCGCGGGCGGGGAGAUGGCCGCGGGCUCGGCGACCGGCGCGGGCGCUUCCCGGCGCAAAGGGGCGCCGCGCGCGUAGCCGCCGCCACGCUGACCUCCAGUUCCCUCCUGCUACUGCGCUAAGCCGGGGCAGCGAGCGAAGGCGAACGCCCAGAGGGGCCGGAGGCGGCGGCGAGAGGAGCCAGAGGGUCCAUAUGGCCUCUCUCCGCCGGCCGGUGGUGUGCGCCACGGAGCUCUCCCGCGGCCCCUCGGGUUCGGAGCGGCUCUGAGCGGCGCCGCCUGCGGGAAUCUACCUAGCCGUUCUGCGGAGCCGCGGGCAGUAACCCGAGAGCAGGAGUCGGCAUCUGUUCCUCCCUAAGGGCGAUGUGGCCGGCCGGCGCGGGCACCAAGCUGCCCUGUCCCCGGGACUCUGCGCUCCGGCGGGCGGCUUUCUCCGGGAACCUCACCGCCCUGCCUUCUCACCUCGUGCCAGCCGGCCGUAGCGUCCGGGUCUUCAUCAGCGCCAACCCCGAAGACACGGGAGCAGAAAGACAGGCACUAAAAGAAAAUGUGUAUCCUAAAUUGAGAGAAUUCUGCAGAGAAAACUAUGGAUUAGAAUUUCAGGUCAUAGAUCUGUACUGGGGAAUUGAUGAAGAUGAAUGGGACAGCCCUGAGCUCCAGAAGACCCGCAUGAAGCUGCUGGAAGAUUGUUUGAAAACUUCUGCAGGUCCAUGUUUUGUUGGACUAUUAGGUGAAAAAUAUGGGAACAUCCGAAUCCCCGGAGAAGUUGAAGCCUCAGAGUUUGAAAUGAUCUUGGAUGCUGCCAUAGAGGCGAAGCUGGACACCAAGUUACUGGAAGAGUGGUACUGUCGGGAUGAGAACUCGGUGCCAGCCGCUUAUUACCUCAGACCCAAAUCAGAAAUGCUGAAAAGCAAUAAAAAUGCAAUGCAACCUUCUGCCAAUGCCGAGAAUGAGAAGACCUGGCAAGAGAUAUCAGAUGAGAUCAAGAAGAUAUUUAAGACUGCUGUAAAACUGUUACAUGAAAAGGGAAAGAUGAAACACAGCCAAGCCAAGAGGUACCUGUUCUCAGCGAUAGAGGAUGAAUUUGACUUUGCUCUAGGAAAGCAAACUCCAGCAUUCCUGAAGAAGUGUGUUUGCUAUAUUAGGAAAAUUGCUAACAUUGAGCGUUUCGUGAAAAUCCCGGAAAUGGGAAAAUACAUGGAUAUAACUGGAACAGAACCAAGAAUUAUUCGGGACCCUGAAGCCCAAGAGAAGCUGAUAAAACUCAGGGAUGAAUUUAUUCCUACCAUUGUUGCUUCAUCUAAUCUGAGAGUGUACACAUCUGUUACUCAUUGUGACAUGAAACUAGGCUAUUCCCAAGAAAUAGAAAACCAUUACAUAGAAGGACUUGGUAAACAAUUUUAUGAGGACAUGAUUGACAUAAUUCAGGCCACGGUACAACAGAAUUUUGACACAGAAACUGAUACGCUCUAUGAUGAAAUCCUUCAGCAUUCGUCCUUAUGUAAAACAUAUGCCUCCUUCUACGAGUACAAAUGUGAAUCUCUAAACAUCGUGCAUAAAUACAUUCUUCCAAGCAAAACUGGGCACAUCAACCCACUUAUUAUAUACGGUGGACCAUGCACUGGAAAGACCCUUCUGCUAGCUGAAGUAGCAAAGAAGGCUUAUGGCUGGCUACAUGAAGACACAGGACCAGAAUCUGACCCAGUUGUAGUCGUGAGGUUUCUAGGAACCACAGACUUGAGUACUGAUCUUAAGUCUCUCCUUCUAAGUGUUUGUGAACAGUUGGCCGUGAACUACCGGUGCCUGGUUCAGAGCUACCCUAAGAAGAUCCAUGACCUCCGUGACUUAUUCAUAAACCUUUUGAAUGAGUCUUCAUUGCAGAGACCUCUCGUGGUCAUAUUUGAUGCCCUGGAGCAGCUCUCAGAAAGCGACGAGGCCCGGAAGCUCUGGUGGCUUCCCGUGCACCUUCCCCGCUUCGUCCGGAUCGUCCUCUCCACACUGCCCAACAAACAUGGGAUCCUGCAGAAACUGAGGUGCCUUAUCCACGAAGAAGACAACUAUAUCGAGCUGAUUCCCCGGGACAGGAAGAUGUGCAGCCAGGUGCUCAAACACCAGCUGCUGCGGGUCAAAAGGAAGGUCACGUCAGGCCAGCAGAUUUACGUGAACAACGCCUUCUCCAAGUGCACGCUGCCCAUGUUUGUGAACCUGACCUUCAGGGAAGUGAGACACUGGCGAUCUCACAGAGACGUCGACGAGUCCUCCCUCUGUGUCACCGUGCAUGAAAGCAUAGAGCAGCUCUUCUGGUCCCUGGAGCGAAAGUGUGGGCAGAAACUCGUCUCUCGGGCUCUCGGUUACAUCACCAUGGCCAAAAGGGGUUUGAGUGAGAUGGAGCUGGAGGACGUGCUGGCCCUGGACAACAGUGUGAUGAAUGAGCUCAAUGAGAACACCAGGCCCAGCAAUCCCCUGAGGGUACCUUAUCUGUACAUCGCAAAGCUCAAGGAGGGGCUCAGUGGAUACCUAAUUGAGAGACAUGUGAAGAAUGUCACUCUGCUGGUCUGGGCCAAUAGACACCUGCAGCUCAUAGCCCAGAAGCUGUAUCUGCAGGACAAGAGCGACCUGCAUGAAAUGCACACCAUACUGGCAGACUACUUUCUGGGAGUCUGGUCAGGGGGCAGGAGGAAAGCUUUCUGCCUGGAAGACCCCUACCUGAACGGCUGCCUUGACUUGGAGAGCAGAAGCCUGCUGGAGGAGGAGAGACACUUCAUGGAGCAGGCUUCCUUCGACAGGCAGGCCCCAGACCAGCCCUGGGUCUUUCAGUGCAAUCCACUUGAGCCUGACAUCUUUUUUGUCAACCAUCGGAAAAUGUGUGAGCUGCUGUACCACCUGACAAGGUGUGGGAAGACUGACGACCUGCUCUAUGGCAUCAUCAUGAACUUCAGCUGGCUUUACACCAUGAUCAAGAUCGGCCAGUUCGACAAAGUGCUCGCGGACAUUGAGCUGGCUUACAUCUACUCGCAGGAGAAGGAGCUGAAGUUCCUGGCGAGCACCCUCCGCAGCAUCAAAACCAAGGUCGUUGCGUUCCCCGGCUCCCUCUCCGCAGAGCUUCAGCAGAGGCUGCUGCCCGUUGUGAGCUCCCUGCCCAAACUUAGACACCUUCUCUUAGAAUGUGACAAAGAUGGGCCCAAAUACUGCUCCAUUGUGCCAUUACACUCAUCCAUGGAUGUGACCUACAGCCCAGAGCGACUUCCCUUGUCAUCUAGUCACCUGCAUGUCACCGAGAUUCUGCCCACCUGUAACCCCAGUACAGUCCUCACGGCUUUAGAAAAUGGUUCCAUCAGCACUUGGGAUGUGGAAACGCGUCAACUACUCAGGCAAAUUACAACAGCCCAAUCUGUCAUCCUGGGCAUGAAACUCACCAAUGAUGAAAAAUAUCUCGUGGUGGCAACAACAAAUAACACCCUGCUGGUUUAUGACAAUGUAAAUUCUUGCCUCCUGUCUGAAGUAGAAAUCAAAGGGACCAAGCAUGGAAGUGGCUCCACCUACAUCAAUGGAUUUACACUGUCCGUCAAACAUGCUCUGGCCUGGCUCGAAGCCAGCAAAGAUGUCACUGUCAUUGAUCUGCUCUAUGGAUGGCCCCUUUACCAGUUCCACUGCUGGUACGAAGUGACCUGCGUCCAGUGCUCACUAGAUGGUGUGUAUGCCUUCUGUGGACAGUACCUGAACACCACCACCAUCUUUCAUCUAGGGAGUGGAGAAAAGUUAUGUACAGUGACAUCUGAAUUUUCAGGUGGGUUUGUGAAGUUCCUUCUUAUCUUGGACACGGCUCAGGAAAUGGUAAUGGUAGACAGUGAGGGCAGCCUUUCUGUUUGGAACACAGAGGACAUCUCCAACCCCCAGCUGACUGAUGACUUUGACUGUCGCAGGGAAGACAGUGAGGUGGUCAGCAUUGAACUUUCAGAGGACCAAAGUGCGGUUCUUAUCUGUAAGGCCCUCAGCAUCGAGCUCCUAGACACUGGCCUGUGGAAGGUGGCGGAAAAGUUCAGAGCAAAGCACAAUGAACGCUUUAUAUCAGCUGUGCUGUCCAAGAACGGAGACUGCAUCAUUGCGACAAUGGAAAACACCUCCGCUGUGUUCUUCUGGAGGCGGGACACGGGGCAGUGUAUGGCGAGCUUACAGGAAAUCUCAGGUACCAUAGUCAAGUUGGUGAAAUCCAGUCACCACAACAUGCUGCUAUCUUUAUCCACCAGUGGUGUUCUUUCCAUCUGGGACAUAGAUAUAAUCACAGCUAUGUCCAACAUAGAUAAGACUGGAAAACCCAUCCAAAGUCUGGUGUUACCUGCUCGCGGGGAGAUCAUUUACUCCCUCGAUGGCUCGGAUUGUGUUCACAAGUGGAACUUCAGCAGCGGGUUCCUUGAAGCAGUGUUCAAGCACGAAGGAACGGUUGAACACUGCGUGCUGACGUCCUCUGGAGACGUCAUGGUGACGUCGGAUGAUAAGAGCAGCCAGUACGUCUGGCACACCAGCAGUGGUGAAAACCUCUUUCGAAUUAAUGGGCAGAGAAUCUCUCAGCUGCUGAUUACACACAAUGACCAGUUUGUGGUCUCUCUCUGUGAGGAAAAUGCCUCCAGGGUUUGGAGACUGGCCACGGGCCACAGGGUGUGCAACAUCCUGACCAGUCUGCAGAAUGCCUUCAUCACCUCUGCGAACACUUUCGUGGUGGGCAUGACCAAAAGCAAGGUGCUGGCGGUCAGUCUUUGGACAGGAAGCAUCACCAAGAAGUUCUGCUGUGAAGACGGCACCACCAUUGUGAAUUUUAAAUUGAUUCCUGACUGCCCGGAUAUCAUCGUGUUUAUCACGUCGGCUGAGACGGUUAAUAUCUGGAGUCUGACAGAAGAAGUCAUCUGCCGCCGUGUGCAACUUCCAAACAACUUCCUGAAAAACCUAGAGGAUUUUGAAAUCUCUCCCAAUGGAAAGCUAGGCAUUAUUUCCAGGGGAGAUGAGAAUAUCAACGUGCUGGAUUUACACAGCGGCAAAUUACGGGUGGUGCAUGCCUCGGGGGUCAUCUGGAGGCAGAGGUUGUCUCGAGACGGUCGCUACCUGGUAUACAUUUGUUUCAGAAACGGGGAAGAAGAGGAUGAAAAUGGUGUGAUAUCCAGUUUGAUUGUCAUGAGACUGGCCGAUGGCAAAAAUAUCGGUGCUUGUUCCCUUUACAAAACACCAACUUUCCUUGCCCUCUCCCAGCGGCACCUGAACAUCAUUGUGGGUUUUGACGAUGGCAGCAUAGGGAUAUACACCGUGGUGGACCGUGUAGAUGCUGCACUGAAAAUUAAAAUCGCCACUUCAAACAGCAGACAAAUUUUCAACAACGCGACACAGAUAUCCAGGCCAAAGUGUAAUAGUUACUGUUUUAAAGUGUCUGUGGAUUGUCUAUGGAGAGAGUCGACUGAGGUUUUUGCAAGAGACAGUCCCAUCACCGUGAGUGACUCCUCAGAACCCAACGAGUCAACACCCUCCAAGAAACACAACUCCUGCUACGAGCGGGUGUGCUCUGCCCUGGAAUCCAGGGGCCACAGCUAUGCCCCUGACAACUAACAAAAUGUUUUUCCUGCUCAGCAGAACUACAUCAUACACACAUAAAAGGAAAAAAAAAAGUACCUUCUGUAUCCCAAAUGAUACACAUUCAUUCUUAAAAGACAGGAAAGAUGCUGGAGUUCCAGUAUUAAUUAUUGCCGUUCUCAUACAUUGAGACAAUCCCCUGGAGAAGGGAAUGGCAACCCACUCCAGUAUUCUUGCCUAGAGAAAACCAUGGGCAGAGGAGCCUGGCAGGCUACAGUCCAUGAGGUCACAAAGAGUCAGACACGACUGAGCAACUAACACACACACAUGAAAUGUACAGAAAUGUGAAAUGAUUUGUAAAGUCGGUCUUUUUGACAAAGUUUACCCAAGAAUGAAGUCUUGACAGAAUUUCUAGAAAUCAUAUUUACAUGGCUAUAUCAGCUGAAAGGUAGAGAGUAGUUUUUAAAUUAACUGGACUGGAAGAAGCAGCUUAACUCAUCCCAUUGUCCAGAUGAGAGAGGUUAGAGCUACACACAGACCAUCUGGACUGGAGUUAGUCCUACAGCAACAGGUUGAAAUUGUGAACACGAACUGCUGUUGGACUUCAAAUGAUUGUGGAUAACUAAACACAGCCUUAAUCUCUCCUUACAUUUUUACGAUCCUGACAACUGUGUCAAUCCAGUCUGCAGAUGGAAGGUCUAAAGGUGCAAAAUAAUGUAACAAAAAUGCCCAGAGGUACUCCCAGUUUCCCAAGAGAAAGGAUGUGAGGUAUGAGGCCACAGACUGGACUGGGGCAAGAGCUGCCUCCCGCUAUUACAGGGCUACUGAACACACACAGUCGGUCUUCAUUACAACUGCAUGCAAGGGUUUCUGUAUCAUGGAACACACAAUUUUUAAACUAUUUUCUGGGCUGCAAAGGAACACAUUUAAUAUGAAACCACAAUCUUUUCGUGCCAUUUUGAAAUGCCUGUUUGUGCUGGGUGUAAAAAUGUUACAGAAAGGGCAUUAUAAACGUGGUCAAAACACCUGUUCAUUUCUAUCAUUGUACCAACAAAAGGCUGUGCUAUAGAAGUUGGUUGUGUGGAAGCAUAAAUUAUUUCCUAAAUCCCUGCAGUAAAUCUUAUUAGAAGGAAAGCUUUCUCGACAUGCCAUCUGUGGAAUACUGACGACAUUUGCCUUACUUACUCUCAUUCUUCUUCUUUCCUGUGUAAAACGCAGAUAGCUGACCAAAUACUCUGGGACAAACUGAAUAUGCCUGUCUUCGUGCUAAAAUAUUGCAUAAAUCUUAACAGUGUCCAAAGGCUCUUUCCUGUCCUGUUUGUAAGCACUUUCUUACUUCUAUACACUAUAUGUAUCCUCCUUUAUCCGUUAUCCUUUCUGCCUGAGGAUUCUCUGGAGUCUUUUAUAGUCUUAGCCAUUUCAAAGCAGAAGCUAUGAAAUUGGUAUUCAAUGUUUUUUAAAAACUACUUCUCCUGUUUAAAAGAAAAUAUUACAUCCCAGUAGGGGAACAUGAUUUUUCCCUUCCAUAUCCCCCUCAUGGCAUGUCCUUGGAUGACUUUCCAAUGGUGAUCAGUAGUAGUGGUUUGGUUUGAAAGGGACCAUGGUGUCUUGAGAAGACAGAAAAAUGAACAAGGCACUGACUUUCGGCCAGCUCUGCCUUGAACUCAUCUAUAGACAGAUCUUUAACGUCCCAAAUGUAUUGUUUUCUUAAACUGCAAGAAUAAAGGUAGUGAUAGAUCCUCUAUUGACCUCACAGAGAUGUGGGGGAGAAAUGUGAGAAAAAAGGACAGCUACAUCCUAAUUGUUAAUGCUAAUGGCAGAAACAAAUGAUCUAACCCACAGGGAAUCCAAUAUAGCUGUAUUUCACUUUGGAAAGCAGUUUGACACAUAAGCAUACAGAGAUGAGGUUCAGAUAGGAAACACCCCAGUGAAAAGAUUUUUUUCCAGUAAGUUCCUCCUCGUCUAGCUACCAACCAGGGAGGUGGUAGCCCAGAGAAGUUUCAGCCCACGUACAGAUUACCUGGAGUUGAUUGUAUGAGUCAAUGCUUUUUUUUCUUUUAGCUCUUUGGAGGUAACACAUUCUUAUUCCUGUCAUUAUCAGUUGGACCUCCAUGCUACACCUUUCUAAGAAGUAAAUGCCUAGAUGGAUUCAAUGUAGUGUGAAUGUUCUAUGUAACAGCUAAUAGAGUUUUAACAAGUGACUUGAAUGAUUUUUCCUAACUUGUUUGCAACUGAUAGCUCAUAUUGAAUGUUUUUAUGUAAACUUUGUAUUGUUGGGAAGAAUUACCCAAUCAGAGAUUUAUAUUUUCAUAAAUGUUACAUUUAGUUAAAUUUUGUUACAGAGUUGUUACACUAGAAAAUUAUUGCAGUCUUCAAAAAAGGUAUAGUCUUGUGUAUGUAUUGUUUGUAUGAAUAAAGGAUAAACUACUUAGA